ACAACGUCAACAGCGGCAGAUGCCGUGACUGCGUUGGCGACUGAUUGACACCGGCUUUGGCUACAUUGGCAUUAAAUUUAACAAUCAGUGGGGUAACAGCGGCGUCUGUGCUCGGUUCGAUCCAUUAGUUCUCUCGUAAUACAAGGACAUGGAAUCUGAGCCUAUUGUCUCGUCCUCAUCGUCGUCUGCGUUGCGGCCUCGCAUACAAUCAGCGCAGCCAAAUGGCAAGGAUAACCAUCAGGAAUCAGGCAAUCAGCCUGAUGAGGGUUUAGGAUAUACCCAUACUCUAAUGUAUGGACGUUACUCUAAGGAUUUGCAAGAAUUCGCUGGCGAAGAGGCAAGAAAAUUGAGACAAUUGGCCAAGUUACGCAAACAGGAGGAUAAACAGAGGAGUAAGGAAUUGCUGGGCUAUCAACCAUCACAUUUUAGGAGAUUCACAACAUGGCUAUGGCAAAAAUGUUCCAAUCAUCUUGGCAAGGAUUGGAUAUUUCUAACAAUUUUGGGCAUCAUAAUGGCCUUUCUAGCAUUUGCCAUUGAUGAGAGUAUUAAUAUUUGUCUAAAAGCUCGCUUCUGGCUCUAUAGAGAUGUGAGUUCUGAUCCCUAUAUUCAGUAUCUAGCUUGGAUAUCCUUGCCCAUUUGCCUAAUACUAUUUGCCGCUGGUUUUGUCUAUUUGGUGGCACCGCAAAGCGGAGGAUCUGGCAUACCGGAAAUGAAAACCAUUUUGCGUGGUGUUCUUAUUAAGGAUUUUCUUACAUUUAAGACACUUGUGGCCAAGGUUGUUGGCCUAACAGCCGUCCUAGGCAGUGGCAUGCCUUUGGGCAAAGAGGGACCGUUCGUGCAUAUUGCCAGCAUAGUAGCUCAAUUGCUAAGCAAAAUGGCUACACCAUUCCGUGGCAUCUAUGAGAAUGAGUCACGUAAUUCGGAAAUGCUGGCCGCUGCCUGUGCCUUGGGUCUGGGUGCCUGUUUUGCUGCCCCAAUUGGAGCUGUUUUAUUUAGCAUUGAAGUGACUACUACAUAUUUUGCUGUACGCAAUUAUUGGCGUGGUUUUUUUGCUUGUGUGGUUGGUGCUUCAUUUGUUCGGCUUUUGGCCGUUUGGUUUCAGAGUCAGGAGACGGUUCAUGCUCUCUUUCCCACGACGAUAACAACAGAGUUUCCCUAUGAUACUCAGGAAUUGAUGUUCUUUGGCUUAACGGGAGUACUUUGUGGCCUGAUGGGAGCUGCUUUCGUCUGGGUCCAUCGUCAUUAUGUGCUCUUCAUGCGUUCUAGCAAAACUUUAAAUAUGUUUCUACAAAAGAAUCGGUUUAUAUAUCCCGGUUUUAUAGCACUCAUCAUUUCAACUCUGACCUUUCCCUUGGGCACGGGACAAUUUCUUGGUGGUCAACUCAGUUCGGAUGAACAACUAUCGGAUCUAUUUAGUAAUUUCACUUGGACUUCAGCUGAUCUCAGCUUGAAACAGGCUGAAAUAGUAUCCCAUUGGUCGACAAAAUACUCAAGUGUUUUUGUAAAUCUCACCUGUUAUACACUUUUCCAUUUCUUUUUCUCGAUCAUUGCCUCGACCAUGGCCGUGCCGCACGGUAUGUUCAUUCCAGCACUUAAGAUUGGCAGUGGUUUCGGUCGCCUGGUGGGUGAAUUUGUGGCCUGGUCUUUUCCACAGGGCAUCCGGUAUGGCGGUGGCUGCGUUUCAGCCAUUAUGCCUGGAGCCUAUGCCAUUGUGGGUGCUGCUGCAUUUUCUGGUUCGGUAACACAUUCAAUUUCCGUGGCUGUGGUUGUCUUUGAGAUUACGGGCCAAAUUGCUUUUGUGGUGCCAGUAUUAUUGGCUGUACUUAUUGCCAAUGCGGUGGCUUCUUGGCUUCAGCCAUCCAUGUACGAGAGUGUUAUAAUGAUCAAGAAGUUGCCAUAUUUGCCCGAUUUACUGUCCAUUGGUUCGGAAGAUUCCUAUGUCAAGUAUGUCGAGGAUUUCAUGGUGCGAGAAGUGAAAUACAUUUGGCAUGGCAUCUCAUAUCAGAGACUUAAGGAUUUGCUUAAAGCUAACAAAAUGUUGCGUUCCCUGCCAUUGGUUGAUAGUCCCGAUAAUAUGAUACUUUUGGGUUCUGUUCAGCGUAGUGAACUAAUUAAAUUGAUUGAGCGACAUAUUGGACGUGACAGGCGCCUGGAAGUGGCCGAGCAAUGGCAUCACAAUGAUGAGCAAUUGGAGCAAGAACGUCGUCACUCAAGAUUCGAGGUGACCCCAACAGCAUCGGAUGUAUUGGCAUUACGUCAGAGAGCCAAUGAGGCCAUGUUGCCAGCCAAUAAACGUGCCGAGCUAAUAGAUUCAAGUAAACCUAUUCUUAAGAAGACAAAUUCAUUGAAUUUGAAAACGGAUAAUCAAAGUAGUCCCCAAAGUCCUAGCACAUCGGGCUAUUUAUCGAAUAAUAGUAAUUCCGAAUCUCGUCUACGUUCUGCCUUACAGUCAAUAUUCAAAAAGUCCUCAGAACUGGACAAUGAUGUGGAAUCGGGUGAAAACUAUGGCAAACGAGUGCAUUUGCCAGCUGAUCGUGUGGUGGAUAUGUCACCAGAGGCACAACAACAUUGGGAAGCCGAACAAAUGGCCCAAUUGAUUAACUUUAGUCAUUCACGCGUUGGCAUUCGGAUUGAUCCGUCGCCCUUUCAAUUGGUCGAACGUACUUCUUUGCUUAAGGUGCAUUCACUUUUCUCCAUGAUGGGCGUCAAUCAUGCAUAUGUAACGAAAAUUGGACGCCUUGUGGGCGUGGUUAGUCUCAAAGAGCUACGUAAAACUAUCGAAGAUCUGAACAAUCAAAAUUUCAAUGAAGAGGAACAACAACAGCAACAACAACAAGAGCAGAAUUUGGAACCACUCGAUAUUUCGCAAUCGGCUGAGGUGAAACCUUUGCUAGAUGAUCACCCAACCAGCGAUGAGGAUUUCGCCAUUCAUCCAACCGUAACCGAAGUUAAAGUCGGUCUAAUUGAAGCCCUUGAAGAGAGUUCUGCUAAACAAAAUGCAAAAUGACUAAAAUUAAGUUAGACUUUAAGUUAAAAGUUAAGAGAAAUUUGUAGAGCUGGACUCAAUAAUAUCGUCUAUCUAACGAUUAUUUUUAUUCGAAAUAUAUAUUCAGAUCAAAGGACGUCAUGCAUUUGCUGUCAAUUAUUUAAAUGG